UUCAAAUUAACAUGUUAAAAAUGAAGUGGUAUAUGAAUGGGUUAUACCAUAGAAGUUGUAAAUUUGUUUAUGUUAUUGAAUACUAAGUUUUUCUGAGUUCAUAUGGUCCACAAAUAUAUCUGUGCGACUUUUGCCAUGCGUAACGCUGCCGGCUGGCAGUCCGACCUUUUUUGGGGGGCACUUUUAUGGAGCAUGAGAAACGGAGACAGAUAUCAUUGCUUUUAAUUGCCCGAUCUCAGCGCCUAGGCCUAGGUCAGUCUCUACCAGAUUCCAGAUUGCCAAUACACUCCACUCCGCUCCGCUCCAUAAUUAAUUUAAUAAAAUGUAAAGCAGCCAGCUGAAAAAAACUUGACUCAUUCUCGGCGCUCAGAAGCGACUUUGAGCGCGAUUCGAGAUCGGUUGACUCACAGACUUGAGUUCAACUCGUUUUUGUGGCAUUCAACGGCAAGCGAAUAAAAGUUCGCCGCCUCGAUAUUCUAUGAUCAGUUUACAGUCUCAACUUCACCCAGGCCCAGGUGUUCCAGUUUCGGUUGAAGUGCUUCUCUCCGAGGAUUAGCCCCUGAAAUACUAAGUCCAUAUCAAACAGCCAAUCAUGCUGACCGCCUGCCAAGUAACGCUGCUCGCUGGAUGUCUGGCUCUGGCCACCAGCUCGAUUCGGGCCCAGUUCUUCUACCACCAGGCGUUGGGUCUGCCGGCUGCGCACGCUUACCAGCCGGCCAACCCGUACCAGGGAUAUGCCACUGCUGAUGCCCAUCCCUCGGUGGUCCGGAAUGCCCAGUGGGAGUCUGAACUGCCCGCCGAACUGUCGAAGAGUGCACGAUUCUACAGUGAUCCCGUGAUCGCCGCCAACCUGGCCAAGGAAUCGCUGCUGACGAAGAAGGAAAUGGCAGUGGUGCAUCGCGAGGCUGAGAAAAUCCCACGGGAACAGGUCUACAAGCUUUUCAAGAACGCCGGCUACCUGCAUCGCAGAUAGAAACCACAAAGCUGCAUCCGUACUCAGAUGAGUUCCGUUUCCCACGUGCC